AUGGUGUUGAUGAAGGUAAAGUUUGACUUGCCGAAGCGGGUGAAGCUUGCCCAGGGCCUGUGGCUCAUGUACUGGCUAGCAGUGAUGACCGGCAUUCUGGUCUUCAGUCUGGGGCUGUUCUUUAAGAUCGAGCUCCGGAAGAGGAGUGAGAUGAUGGACAACAACGAGAGCCAUUUUGUGCCCAACCUGUUGAUUCUAGUUGGCCUAGCUGCUUGCGGGGUAAACGUUUUUGGCGGCAAGGUGUGCCACGACUCUCUGGAUGCUUUGAAGUUCGCCAAGUGGAAGCCCAUGGUCAAGGGCUACCUGAUGGGCUGCUUCGGUUUCAACAUCCUCCUGUUCUUCACAGCUCUGCUGUGCUUCUGCAUGCAGUUCCAGUUGUACUUUUCCCUGGCUGAGGGUCUGAAGAAUGGGAUAAAAUACUACAAGGAUACGGACACACCUGGACGCUGCUUCAUGAAGAGGACGCUGGACAUGACCCAGAUUGAGUUCCGCUGCUGUGGCAACAACAACUAUAGGGAUUGGUUUGAAGUCCAGUGGAUCAGCAACCGCUAUCUGGACUUCAGCAACGAUGAAGUCAAAGACCGUGUCCUGAGCAACGUGGAGGGGAAGUUUCUGAUGGAGAGUGUACCGUUCAGCUGCUGCAACCCCGGCUCCCCCAGACCCUGCAUCCAGCACCAACUGACCAACAACUCAGCCCACUAUGACUACGACCACCACACCGAGGAGCUCAACAUCUGGACCCGGGGCUGCCGCGAGUCCCUGGUCGCCUACUACGGAGGCAUGAUGAACAGCAUCGGGGGCCUGAUGCUACUGUACAUCAUAUUGGAGGCAGGAGUGAUGGUGGGCUUACAGUACCUGACCACUUCUCUGGAGACUAUGGCCGAUCCAGAGAACCCGGAGAGUGAGAGCGAGGGCUGGCUCCUGGAGAAGAGUGUGAAGGAGACGGUGGCAGACGUCAUAGCAAAGAUCAAGGGCCUGGUCAGUGCAGGGAACCAUGUGGGGGAGGUUGAGGAGGGGGUGGCCACUGUGAGUUGAAAGGGUCUCACCCAAAGGGACUAUCGACGGGAGCUCAAAGAGAAAUAGGAGUGAGAGGAGAGACAUCUUCUCAGUGAAACAACACACAUAUUCAAACAUACACACACAGACAUAUCAAUGGACACAUGCACACACCCUAUGAAAAGUGAACAACUAAACCAACUCCUCACAUGAAGGGAGAACCAAACUCAAAAAUGUGAAUGUACAG